ACUCCUUUUUAAAUGUGUAUACUCAAAUAGUUGAAAAACACAACUCAGAUCAAAAAGAUCAAGUCUAGAAAACAGCAAAUUUUUGGUUCACAAUAUGUCAAAAUUUUAGCUAUAACACUUUCAUAGUAAUUGCAAAAUUGUAUAGUUUUAUUUAAUUUGCGGUAUUAGUAUUUAAAUUAAGCCAAUCAGCAUGUCUUUUAAUAGAUUUACUUCCGUUUGUAUGCGUAAGUCAAUUCUAAGAAGCAUUUUUAUUCUUACGGGUUGUUUAGAUUGUAUGCAUUCCACGAAACUUCCGAUAAAAUACACACCAUGUGUGUCCUAUAGUAAAAAAUCAGACUCUGCUUCGGGUUCUUCUGAUGACUGUCAAAAAAAUCCGUGUGACUUGUAUUCAAAAAUAUUGGAUAAAAAGGAAAAAGAAAUAGAGAGAAAUGAAGCGGCCUGCAGAAAGCUGAAAGAGGAACAACAGCUUAAGCAAUAUGAAGAAAAUUGUCUGAUAGCUCAACGAAGGCGGCUUGCCGAGGAAAUGCAGUGCAUGGAUCAGAAGGACAAAAUAGCUUUGGAAGGCAUGAUGAGCUGUUUAACGCGAGGCAUGAGAAAGGCCUGCAAAAAACUGGCACAUAGGAAGCUUCGCAAUGAUAAAGAGCUUGAACAAAAAUGUGCUGUGCUGAUUAAAGCUGCAAAGAUCAAAAAGAUAUUAAAACAGUGCGAUAAAAGGAGAAUGAAUACUAAAAGUGCUGGGGAUAAAAACAAAGAGGACUCUGAAAAGAAAUUGAAAAAGAAGUGUAAGAAAAAAAAAGGUAAGACAGGAGAGCCCAAAGCGGAGCAAAGGUGUAAGGAUAGUAAUGAGCAGAAAGAUAAGAAGAAGAAAUGCCCAACUGAAAAGAAGUCAAAAAGUAAUAGUGUAAAGGAGGAGAAGAAGGAAAAAGCUGAAUGUAAUAAAGUUGAUAAACAAAAGCCAAGAAAUGAGGAUAGCGAUCCAAUUGAAACUAUAUGUACUUCCUUGUGCAGAAAUGGUAAAAUUGCCGAUGCCUCAACAAAUCCCCAGAACAAGUAUUUAAUAAAAUUAGAGAAAUGUAUUCGAAAAGAAUGGUCAGAUAUUUGCAAGUGCCGCGAAACAUUGAGCAAACGUGAGAAGAUCCAACUGGCGCGUUCUCAUAAAUAUUUGUCGGCUCAUAUUAAAGAGCAAUGUAGAAAAAAAGUAUUGGCGGAAAUGUGCGCAGCAAUUAAAACAACAUGUUCCAAAGAUAAAGCUGCUAAAAGUAAAACAUGUAAAGAGAGUGCAACAGCAAAGAAAAAGGAGCCUAAUACAGAUAUAUGUGAGGAGAUCUGCGAAAAUAAAGAAUUACAGAAGGAGAUAAUGGAGGCAAAGCGCGAAGAAGACGAAUUUAUUAAGAGCGAAAUAGAGAAAUUAAAGAAAAAGUGCUUAGAGAAAGCUUGUAAGAAGGUAGACGAGAAGGGAGAAGAAAAAAAAACCCCAAACAAAAAGACUAAAGAGUGUGCACCAAAGAAAAAAUGCGAAAAAGAGAAACAGGAACAACAAAGAAAACAAUGCGAGGAGCAAAAGAAGAGACAGGAAGAGGUGGCUGAAAAGAAAAAGUGCGAGGAGCUGGCUAUUAAAGAAAAGUGCGAAUCUCUCAAAAAAAAAUUGCAAGAGGAUGCCAUAAGAAAAAAAUGCGCAAUGAUGAGAAUGCGAGCAGUUAUAGAAAAGAAAAAGGAAAAAGAAGAAGCUCAGAAGAGAGAAUGCGAGAAGUUGAAGAAGCAGAAAGAGUCCGAGGGAAAGAAGAAAGAGUCUCUAAAAAAUAAAUGCGAGCAAAACAAAAAGAACCAAGAAAUCGCUGAAAAGAAAGAGCGCGAAGCAGAAAUUCUGCAUCAAAAGUGCGAAGCGCUUAUUAAAAAAAUAGAACAGCAAAUUCAAAGCGUGACUGAGAAGAGCAAAGCGGGGAAGGCAUCUACAAAAGUGUGUGAGGCGGAAGUGGAUAAAAAGCAAGCAGAUGAUAAGAAGCUCAAGGAAAAAUGUGAGGAAGAGGCUUUAAAGGAAAAGUGUAAAGCUCUAAAAAAAAAGUUACAAGAUGGUAUUAAGCGAAAGUGCCCGGGUGAAAAGCAUAGUCACGAAGACAAGGCCCAAAGCAAAGAAGAGAAGAAAUGUAAAGAAAUCGACUUAGAAGGCAAGUGCAAAGCUCUGAAACAAAAAUUAGAAGAAGACGCUCUAAGAAUUAAGUGUGCGAUGAAAAAAAUGCGUGACCAUGCAGAAAAGGAAAAGCAAAAUAAAGAAGCUGAAAAAAAGAAAUGCGAAAACGCUCAAAAAAAAGAUCAAGAAGAAGCUCAAAGAAAAAAGUGUGAGGAGGCAAAGAAACAGAAAGAGGAACAGAAAAAAAAGGACGAAGCUGCUAGGUGCGAAGAUCUGAAGAAAAAGCAAGAGGAAGACGCUCUUAGACUAAAGUGCGCCAUGAAAAAAAUGAGAGAGAAACUUGAAAAGAAAAAGAAAGAAGAAGCGCUAAGAAAAAAAUGCGAAGAGGAAAAGAAACAGAAAGAAAAGUGCGAAGAUCUGAAGAAAAAGGAAGAGGAAGACGCUAUAAGGGCAAAGUGCGCAAUGAAAAAAAUGCAAGAUGCUCUUGAAAAGAAACAGAAAGAAGAAGCGCAAAGAAAAAAGUGCGAGGAGGAGAGGAAACAGAAAGAAAAAAAGCGAAAAGAAGAAGAAGAGUGCGAAGCUCUUAAGAAAAAGCAAGAGGAAGACGCUAUAAGGGCAAAGUGCGUAAUGAAAAAAAUUAAAGAAGAGCUUGAAAAGAAAGCAAAAGAGGAAGCGCUAAGAAAAAAGUGCGAGGAGGAGAAGAAAGAGAAAGAGAAAAAGCGAAAGGAAGAAGAAAAGUGCGAAGCUCUUAAGAAAAAGCAAGAAGAAGACGCCAUUAGGGCAAAGUGCGCAAUGAAAAAAAUGCAAGAGGCAAUUGAAAAAAAAGAGAAAGAAGAAGCGCAACGAAAAAAGUGCGAGGAGGAGAAAAAACGGAAAGAAGCAGAGGAAAGAAAAAAAAAGGAAGAUGAAAGGUGCCAAGCUCUUAAGAAAAAGCAAGAAGAAGACGCCAUUAAAGCAAAGUGCGCAAUGAAAAAAAUUCAAGAGGCAAUUGCAAAAAAAGAGAAAGAAGAAGCAGCGCGAAAGUGUGAGGAGGAGAAGAAACGGAAAGAGGCAGAGGAAAAAAAACGAAAGGAAGAAGAAAGGUGCCAAGCUCUUAAGAAAAAGCAAGAAGAAGACGCCAUUAAAGCAAAGUGCGCAAUGCAAGAGGCACUUGCAAAGAAAAAGAAAGAAGAAGCUCAAAGUAAAAAGUGCGAGGAGGAGAAAAAACAGAGAGGGGCCCAGGAAAAAGAAAAGAAGGAAGAAACUUCUAAGGCAAAGUGCGACUUUCUUAAAAAAUUAGAAGAACAAGAUGUUAUUAAGAAAAAAUGCGCAAUCAGGAAAAUUCGCGAUGCUAUCGGAAAAAAGCAAGAAGACGUUAUUCGGCAAAAAUGCGCAAUGAAAAAAUUACGAGAGCAAGAAGAAAAGGAACGUAAGGAAAAUGAGGCGCGCAGAGCAAAAGCUAUUCUGUUUCGAUCCACUCUUUACAGAACGAAUUGCAAGCAAGACUUUCAGGCCGGCAACAAGGUAUCCAUUGUUGGCGCUGGACCCGUGGGCAUGGGCUGUGCCUUUGCCCUGCUAACAAAACGCGUCACGAAUAACAUAGCCAUCUAUGAUGUAAAGAACGACUUAAGUUCUGCACAGCGCAACGACCUUCGACACGCAUCGCUUUUCCUUCAGAACUGCAACAUUGACAACAGCAGCACCAUUGAGUGUACCAAAAAUUCUCGCGUGGUAGUAAUUGCGGCUCGACCGAGCAGUAAACCAAACGAAUCAUGCCAGGAUCAGCUCCUCAGAUCGGCUGACAUGAUCAAGCAAAUCGUUCCUGAAUUACUCAAGCUGAGUCCAAAGGCUGUCUUUAUCGUUGUGUCUAGUCCCGUAGAUGUGAUGGCUUGGGUUGCCCGCAAGAUCACCAACCUUCCCUAUGAGCGCUGCUUCAGCACUGGAUGCCACUUGGAUACAGCGCGAUUCCGCAUGUUUAUAGCCCAGUUAGUCGGGGUCUCCACGAGCUCGGUGCAGGGAAUGGUGUUGGGGGAGCACGGAGACACUUCGGUGCCAAUCUGGUCCUCCGUCAGUGUGGGCGGAACUCUACUAAAGGACUUGCUGCCGCCCAUAGGUACUGACAAAGAUCCGAUGGUAUGGUCGAAUGUUCACAAGAGCGUUGUUAAUGCGGCCUAUAAAGUCAUCGCUGGUAAGAACUAUACGAAUUGGGCGAUCGGUCUUACCGUUUCCGAUGUUGUGUCUGCCAUAUUCGAAAACAGUAAUCGCAUCUUGUCAUUGUCAACGAAUGCGAAGGGCAUGUGUGGAGUGAAAGAUGAAAUUUUUCUAUCAUUGCCUUGCAUUGUUAACCAGUGGGGUAUUUAUGGAGUAUUACAUCCUCAACUUUCAGAUUGGGAGAAAGACAAGUUCAAGAUGUCAGCAGCAAAAUUACUAAAUACACAGAAUAGUAUUAAGCUCUAAGCACCAGAUUUUAGUAAAGUUUUCAAUAUUCUUAAUAAAUUACUUUUAAUUGGUGUUGGCAGAGCGAUUUGCCGGAUACAGAAUUUCCAUUGAAAUUCGCGUUCUGUUUUAACUGUUUUAGUAGAGCGAAAACGAAGUAAAAGUGGAACUCUACGCCAAGAUUUGUUCUUGGUGGUACAGCUCGUCUUUCAAAAUCCUCCAUGAAAACUGUUGUAUGCAAAACAAAAUUAAAUUAUUUUUUUUCGGUUGAAUCAGUCAAGAAACCUGGUGAGGAGUUCGUGCGAAGCAAGUCGUUCUCUAUUACUGUCUAUCGUCUAUAAAAUUUCUGUAAAACACAUGCUGAUUGUAUUUGAAAUAAGACAUUGAUAAAUGGACAUUUUUUAGUCACUAAAUUCUGGGUCAUCUACUUUCAAUGCUUUUGACUACAUGUAUUCAAAAUUUAUCAAAUAAAUAUGUAUCGAAAUCAAAAGGAACAUUUUGCAAUAACUGUCAACUUUUUGAGAGAAAGUUUUAUUUCAUUCAUUUCAUAUUCAAAAUUAAUCAAUAAUCUUGACUUAAACAAUAGCAAAACGAGUAUUUAAAAAUGUUUAGAUUUUAAACAAAAUUAAGUCAUUGUUUUCUUUCUUUUUUUUUUAAAUCACCCUACUUUUUUGAGCUCGGUAUGAUGAUCAAAUCGUUAUCUUAUGGCGUCUAUAAAAAUUUUCCUAAAUUCGAAAUUUUGAGAUAUUCAUCUUCAUCUUUCGACUCAUUCAGCUGCAAAGACGAUAAGCUUUUCGAUGAUUUUCGCGAUUGCUUGUACAGACGCUCAGAAGAACAAGACGUUCAAUGUGGGAACAAAGUAUCUAUUGUCGGAGCCGGCUCCGUUGGCACUGCGUGUGCUAUAGCCCUGCUUUCCAAAGGCAUCACCAACAACAUAGCUCUCUAUGAUUUGAGGAAAGAGUUCUGUUCUGCAGAGCGGCAAGACCUGCUACAAGGGUCGCUUUUCCUUCACAACUGCAAAAUUGACAAUCGGACUACCAUUGAGUGCACAAAAAACUCACGCGUGAUAGUGAUCACGGCAGGGGUGCGUAGUAAACCGAACGAGUCACGCCAGAAUUUGGUCCACAGGUCGGCAGAAAUCAUCAAAGAACUUGCCCCUGAAUUGCUGAAACAGAGUCCAAAGGCUGUCUUUAUCGUUGUAUCAAAUCCAGUUGAUGUAAUGACUUGGGUUACCCGCAAGAUCACCAACCUACCCUAUGAGCGCUGCUUCAGCACUGGAUGUCAUUUGGAUACAGCGCGAUUCCGCAUGUUUAUAGGAAAGCUAUUGCGGGUGUCAACGAGCUCGGUGCAGGGAAUGGUGUUGGGGGAGCAUGGAGACACUUCGGUGCCAAUCUGGUCCUCCGUCAGUGUGGGCGGAACUCUACUAAAGGACUUGCUGCCGCCCAUAGGUACUGAGGAUGAUCCGUUGGCUUGGUCGAAUGUACACAAGAACGUUGUUGACGCGGCCUAUAAAGUAAUCGGUGGUAAGGGCUACACAAAUUGGGCGGUUGGCCUCACCGUUUCCGAUGUUGUGUCUGCCAUCUUCGAAGACAGUAAUCGCAUCUUGUCAUUGUCAACGAAUGCGAAGGGCAUGUGUGGAGUGAAAGAUGAAGUUUUUCUGUCGUUGCCUUGCAUUGUUAACAAGUGGGGUAUCUAUGGAGUAUUACAUCCUCAACUUUCAGAUUGGGAAAAAUGCAAAUUUGAGAACUCAGCCAAAGUAAUGCUAAACCUACAGAAUAGUAUUAAAUUCUAAAAUGGCAUGUUGUCUGAAGCUUCAUAAUAAAGACAUUAAUUAUUAGUGGAACAGCAAUCUACUACGGAAAUAAUUAUCACGGUAUCCCAUAUUUUAAUCCACAAUUUGAAAUUUUUGUCAACUCUUUUAAAAUAAACAGACAUUACGAAAAAAUUGUUUGUCGGAAUGGUCAUUAAAAAUAUUUAAAAUUCUCCAAUAAGUUUAAUCGAUAAGAAUAAUGACAAUAGCAAUAUUUUAAAUCAUUUGGACAGCAGAAUAUAAAAAGAAAAUGUUAUAGCACCCUUUCUGGAAUUUUUUUGUGUGUUGACCACAACAUUUCAAACGCCACAAAAUUAUUUCUGUUAUUUUUAACUCAUUUCAAAAUUUUUAUCAAUUUUUUUUUUUUGGUUUAGACAAUCUGCAUGAAGAUGAAGCACGGUUUAUCCAGAAUUUGUACUAAUGUAUUGACUUCCAGUAUUAAGAAUAGUAUGAGGCAACAGCCUCUAUGUGCCACUCAAAUAUUAUGUAUUACACGCUCUGCUUCGUCGAGCUGUAAUGAUGACAAGCUUUUGAAUGCUUUUCGCACCUGCUUGUUCAAACGCUUGAAACAGCAGGAGGUACAGCCUGGAAACAAGGUCUCUAUUAUCGGUUCUGGUGCCGUGGGCAUGGCGUGUGCAGUAGCUCUGCUUUCGAAGGGGAUUACCAACGACAUAGCUCUGUACGAUAUCAAUAAGGAUUUGUGUACUGCCGAGAGUGCGGACUUGGUACACGGCUCAUUAUUUCUAAAUAACUGUAAUGUUGCGAAAUGCUGCGAUAUUGGAUCGACACGGGACUCGAGAGUAGUUGUAGUGACGAGUGGAGUACGCCCGAAAGCCAACGAGAAGCCUUCAGAGGUGGCCCAAAAAACGGCGGAUAUUAUCAAGUGUGUAAUGCCCAGCCUGGUUAAAGAAAGCCCCAAGGCUGUAUUUAUUAUUGUUUCAAAUCCAUCCGAUGUCAUGGCCUGGGUGGCCCAUAAAAUAUCCAAGUUACCCUACGAGCGAUGCAUUAGCACGGGCUGUCAUUUAGACACUGCACGCUUUCGACUGUUUAUUGCGCAGCUUUUGGGCGUGGCAACUAGUUCGGUGAAUGCAUUUGUCCUCGGGGAGAAUGGUGAACGUUCGGUGCCAAUGUGGUCCUCGGUUACGGUGGGGGGUGUGCGGCUAGAGCAACUGGUGCCAAAGAUUGGCACAAGCGAAGAUCCGAUGCAGUGGUGCAAAGUACAUAAGGACGUUGUCGAGGCGGCGGCCAAGGUGAUUGCCCUAAAGGGCUACACGAACUGGGCCAUUGGACAUGCUGUUGCCGAUGUUGUAUCUGCCAUAUUCGAGAACAGCAACCGGAUCUUGUCGUUGUCAACAAAUGCCAAGGGAAUGUGUGGAAUCAAAGACGAUAUAUUCUUAUCGCUACCGUGCAUUGUUAACAAAUGGGGCCUCUUUGGGAUUAUUCGUCCACAUCUAUCGAAAUGGGAGUCAAAUGCGAUGAAGGAAUCGGCCGAGCAGGUAUUGAAGGCUCAAUGUGACAUUAAACUUUAGGUACUUAAAAAAAAAAAAAAAAAAUUAGGGGUUUUGAAAUUGUAUUCAGUAGUUUCCCCUGCUUUCAGUAAAUAAAUUUAUCGUCAGGCUUAGUUAUAAAUGCUAUUUUUUAUUUGGCACAAAAUUGAUUUGCUUUCUGGGCGUUGUCAAAAUGUGGCGAAUUUGCAGCUAUACACAGCUCGAACCAAUUAUAAACGGCUGCAAGCGGUGCCAGCUACCAGUAGAGGUUAACUCGAAUAUUAGAGGCAAGAGCUCCUCAUGCACAGGGCCCUCACAGUCACUUAUUCCAAAGAAGAGCCUUAUUAAGAAGGAACCCAAACAGCGAGAACAAAAAGUGAAAUUCAAAGGCAUUCCACAUUCGAUCGAUAAUCAAUCCGAUUACUAUUUACGCAAUGGAAGCUCCAGUAGGAAGCCACCAGUAAAAGGAGAGUCCCAUACAUACGCGCAGUCAAGUGAGAAAAGUAGUGAAUCCAACUUGAACAAAACUGUAAAAGGGAAUGUCAUUAAAAGGAAUUCGACUGCAGAGAGAAAAUCUAAAAUUGAAAUCAAUAGAUGUCUGCCGCAUAAAUGUAAAUCAGCAAACGAGGCUCGCUCAAGGGAUCCUUUUGAAUCGACAGACGACAAAAAUGAUGAAAAGUUCUAUGAUUGCCAGGACAUAUCUUCACGAAAAAUCGCCCCAUUUUCAGGGCUGGUGUCUAACGAGCUAAAGAGCCAAACAAAAAACAAAUGUCAGCCAUUACAUAGAGCGCUUUCAGAUCAACCAGAGCAACGUAAAGGUUGUUUUUCAUCAAAGCUAAUACGAAAUACUACAAAAAGCGGCAAUGGGUUGGCACAGCACGGCUUCAGCUUGCAUUCUGCUCAUUUGAUAGAGGAACAAGAUCCGCACUGCAUUCAUUGUGAGGCAAAGUCUUGUCCCCAGCGUACGUAUAUGCUCUCGGGGACAUUACGUUGCACAAAAUGUCAUGCCAGAGUGGCAAAUGAUCAGUGGAGUAAGAAUGCUGUGCCGGCUCAAUAUCAAUUGGACUUGAAGAAUAUUUCGGUACCUAUUGUCAAGCGGUCUGCCCAACCAAAUUAUGAGCUUCAGAAUCGAACCCCCUCCGAUUUCUGUCCCGAUAAACGAAGAAAGCACUUAAAUGGUCCCAUCCCCAAAUCAUCUGUCAUGUACCAACCAUUACCCUUACUAGAAGAUGCUCUAAGGAAAUUACGAAACGAUCCUAGUUUUACAUUAAGCGCAAAACCCACAGCACUGCUAAGAGAUCGACUACAAGAAUAUAAUAAAGAAUUAUUUAAUGCUGUACGUGAAUAUGACGGUAUAGCCCAGCCCAAUAGGAGUUCAACAUCAGCUUGUUGGCCUACCCAUCCCAAAAGUUGGAACAAAGAUCAUAUAAUGCAAUGUUUUCGUGAAGAUCAAUCCUCUUUUAAUUUAGCGAAACAGGAGUUGAGAAAUGAGCGGAUUGAAUCAAACGCUGAUUCCUUAUAUUUCAGAGUGAAACAGAAGUCAAGCGAGCUGUGGCCUAUGCAACCACUUAGAAAGAAGUUGAAUAUAGCCGAUCAAUAUUGGAAAUCGGUAAACGAAGUAGAAGACAACAAGUCACCGAAGAUGCCUGACCGAAGGCCAAUGAAAUCGAAACUGAUAAAUAAAUGCGCAAAUGAUAAUAAUGAUAAUAAUUACAACUCCAUUUCCGGCUCUGCAAAUGCGAAUUCUUCUAUGCAUCUGAUGAAGAAUAGCAAUGCUGCAUUCACAAAACCUCAAUUGACUGAUCUCCGCUGCCACAAAUCUAACAGUAUUAAGCGAAUACAAGAUAAUGCGAAGAUGGAAUUGGAUGCAUUAAGUGAUAAUAAUUCUCAGACUCAACAACAGAAGCUGAGUAAAGAAUUUGACGAUUUCAGAUUUGAUGAUCACCAUAGUAUUAGGCUCUAUGUCGACUACAUCAAAUCUGAGAUGAGUCAAAUUGAUAAUAUAAUCAAUAAAUGUAGAAUACUAAAAAGAAAAUAUGGCAUACAGCUGGAAGAUAAUUGUGCGGAAUACCUGCAGCAGAUGUUCAAAAGGAAUAACAAUGUAUUGCAGGAGGUGGGAUCGAUGCUACAUAAAAGGUGCUUGGAUGCUAUCGGAAAUCGAAAAAAUCAGUUCGUAGUCGCCAAACAAAUUAACAUUGAAAAUGUGCUGCCAAGCAAAUUCACGAAGUCCGUAACGAAAAACAAGUGUGAGGACGACUUAGAAAGAGUAGACGAGACAGCAAAAGCAAAUCAUGAAAAGCUGAAAAAACAGACUCAGGCAACCGAAGAAAGUCAAAGGAAUGCUAAGAAAUCGCUAGAUGAUAAGAAAGAGAGUUUACCGAAUCAGUGCAGGAAAACUGAGAAAGAGAAGAAAUUGAACAAAACAGAGAAGGAAUGUGAUGUGGCCGACUUACAGAAUGCACCAGACGGAAAUAUUAAAAUGAAAGCAGAAGUGACUGAAAGAAACCAGGCAGAAACACAAAACGAAGUAGUUGAACUUAAUAAGCAGCUGGAGGAGGAUACAAGGAAAAAGGAGAAGCUCGAGGCCAUGAACACAGAUAAAACGGUUGGUGAUCGGCUAAAAAAAGAUAUAUUAGCUCCCUUUUAUAUGCUCAACGAUGCUCUAAUAUCAACUAUUUUCCAAGGGAAUAAGCUGGACCAGCCUUACGCCAUGAGACGUCUGGAGAGCGAACGCCCAUGGUUAGGUUCACAAAAUCAAAGAGGGUUUACUAAAUCAGUUGGAAUUCUUGAUGCUCUUGGUAUACCGCAUGCCACACGUCUGGAUAGCAUAAACUACAUGUUCGAAUUUCGAAAUCGGUUCAAUCACAGCUGCCAACAACUACAGUUUUCGACAAGCCCCGAAGAAGAUAACCCAGAGCCCGAUGAGGUUAGACAACAAUCAGAGAAAGCAUUGAUAAAUGAAUGGGUAAAUGAAUUUGGAGAGUUACCGUUACAGAUAAGACCAGGGUCGAAAAUAUUAUUUCCCUUGCCCCAUUCUGAGGGGAGCUACUUUAUUAGCGACAGCGAUACAUGUCUGCAAUUAAAGUGGCUCGAUCUUAGAAUGGGUGAAGAGCUCGAAUAUGACGAUUCUGAUACUGAUUCUGAAACUUAAACUGGCGUGAAGUAAAUGAGUAAAGUAGACAAUUGAAAUGUGUGUGUAUAUAUAUCAAAAGAUAAUCAUAUGUGCAAGAUAUUAAAAUUGAUUAGUCUUGAAUGUGUCAAGAUUUAUGAA